AUGUUUUGGAGAAAAAAAGACAAGAGCUCACCUUCAGAGUCAUCUGCUUCCACCAAUCCAUUUGAAUCCUCUGAUGUCGGUAGCACGCCUGCUGCCAGUUACAGUUCGACAUCAGCAUCCGAAUAUCCUCCGUCUUACUCAAGCUCACCAGCCCCAUCUCGAGGUGGUGGUCGAUACGGCACUCGUCAUAAUGAUGCUGAAUAUGAGUCACAACAACGCAACGAGCUCUUUGGUGAUCGUCCUUCUCGAGGAGGAGCUCCUGCUGGUGGUCGUUAUGGUGGUGGUUAUGAUGAUGAUCAAUACGGCUCUCGCUAUGCUCAACAACAACAAGAAGAGGAGGAUGAGGAAGUGGGCAAUAUCAAGACACAAAUCCGUAAUGUCAAGCAGGAUACCCUUGCUAGUACUCGCAAUGCUCUUCAAAAGAUCCAUGAAACCGAGCAAACAGCAGCUAAUACCAUGAACAUGCUUGGCCAACAAUCCACUCAAAUUGCCAAUGUGGAUCGCAACCUCGACCUUUCCAAGGCAUACUCAGAUCGGGCUGCCAAUCAAGCUGAUGAACUCAAGCAAUUAAACCGAUCCAUUUUCAUCCCUGUUGUCAAGAACCCCUUUACCCGCAACAAGCGUCAGCAACGUGAGUUGGAAGCAUUGAAACGUGAUCAACAAGAACAUAUGGAAGAACGUGAUCGUAUCCGUCAAUUUGAAUAUGAGUCCAAUGCACGUCUUGAACAAGCCCAAAAGCGCAAUGAACGUGUAUCAGCCAAUGCAGGUUAUAGCCGUGGCCGCUCUGAAUCGGAUCGCCGAAGAUAUCAAUUUGAAGCCGAUGAGGAAGAUGAUGCUAUUGAGGAUGAAAUUGAUCAAAACUUGGACUUGUUGGGUGGUGCCACUGCACGUCUCAAGAAUAUGGCCUUGACUAUGAAUGAGGAAAUUGAUAGCCAGAACAAACAACUCGACAAGUUGAAUCCCAAGAUCGAUCCUCUUACUCAAAAGUUGGCUGCUACUACUCACAAGUUGAACAAGACAAAGUAA